UAAGUUUUGUCUAUUAGUUAAAAUGGUUCAAGCUUUGACAUUAAGUAACCUUCAAAAGUAAAUUUUUUAAUAUAUUUUUGUAUGUAAAUAAAUAAACUGCAAAAUGCGAAGUCGAAGUAAUUCAGGUGUACGUUUGGAUUAUUUUCAACGUGUUGUUACAAAAAUUAUAUUAAAUCAUCAAAAUCCUGUUACGGGAUUGUUUCCUGCAAGUCCUGAAAAUUCUCAUGCAUGGAUUCGCGAUAAUGUUUAUUCUAUUUUGGCUGUUUGGGGCCUUGCCAUGGCAUACAAAAAGAUGGCUGAUCAAGAUGAGGAUAGAGCCAAAACAUAUGAACUAGAACAGAGUUGCGUAAAAUUAAUGAGAGGUUUAUUAAUGGCAAUGAUGCAGCAAAAAGAUAAAGUUGAAAAAUUUAAAAUAACACAACAUCCAUUGGAUUCUUUACAUGCAAAAUAUUCAUCAUUAACUGGUCAAACGGUUGUUGGUGAUGGUGAAUGGGGCCAUUUACAAAUUGAUGCUGUAUCCUUAUACCUUUUAAUCUUAGCACAAAUGACCGCAUCUGGAUUACAAAUUGUUUUUAGCUUAGAUGAAGUUGCAUUCAUUCAAAAUUUAGUAUUUUAUAUUGAAUCUGCAUAUUGUAUUCCUGAUUAUGGUAUUUGGGAACGUGGCGAUAAAACUAAUCAUGGUCUACCAGAAUUAAAUGCUAGUUCAAUUGGUAUGGCCAAAGCAGCUUUAGAAGCGAUUAAUGAAUUAGAUUUAUUUGGAGCACGCGGUGGACCAUCGAGUAUUAUUCAUGUAUUAGCCGAUGAAGCUCAAAAAUGUCAAGCUGUUUUACAGUCAAUGUUACCACGUGAAUCCAACAGUAAAGAACUUGAUAGUGGUCUAUUAUCAGUGAUUAGUUUUCCUGCAUUUGCGGUAGAUGAUCCUGCGCUCAUUCAAUUAACACGAGAGGCAAUUAUUAAUAAACUUCAAGGACGAUAUGGAUGUAAACGUUUUCUACGAGAUGGUCAUCGGACUCCUAAAGAGGAUCCGAACAGAUUAUACUACGAACCAUGGGAAUUAAGAAUGUUUGAAAAUCUUGAAUGUGAAUGGCCCUUAUUCUUUUGUUAUUUAGUACUAGAUUUUUUAUUUCGCAAAGAUAAAGAACGUUGUCGUGAAUAUAUGGAACGACUAGAAGAGGUAAUGCUUCGAAAUGACGAAGGUAUGAAAUUAGUACCUGAAUUAUAUGCUGUACCAGCAGAAGUGGUUAAUGCUGAGUAUAAAGAUCCUGGAAGUCAAACUCGUAUACCGAGAGGUCAAUGUCCAUUUAUGUGGGCACAAUCAUUAUACAUUUUAGCUAAACUUCUACAAGAGGGUUUUCUUGCUAUUGGUGAAUUAGAUCCCUUAAAUAGACGAUUAUGUUCUGAGAAGAAACCAGACGUCGUUGUUCAAGUGGUUAUUUUAGCCGAUGAUAAUGAUAUUCGUGAUAAAUUAGCUGAGCAUGACAUUGUGGUGCAAACAAUUGCUGAAGUAGCACCGAUUGAAGUACAACCUGCUAGAGUUUUAUCUCACUUAUAUACAUAUUUAGGUAGAAACGAGAAACUUGGUUUAUCUGGACGUAAAUCACGUGAUGUUGGUAUUUUAAGUACAAGUAAACUGUAUACAUUGCAUGAUCGUAUUUUCGCUUUUACACCUCAGUUUACGGAUAUGUCUCGUAAUCACAUUGCAUCCGACUAUGAAUUAAUGAUUGAUAUUUGCAAGAGUGAAAUUAAUUUUCUCAAAUCCAGUUGGCAGAAUAUGUUGGGACGACCUUUAGUUGUACUUGGUUGUCGACAAAUAGAUUUAGAGAAUGGUAAAAUACCUUUAGCGAUGAUUACAACAAUGAAAAAGUUAAGAUCUGGUUAUAUUAAUGGUACACGAGUGACCCUCGGAAAUUUAGGUGAUUUUCUUAGCACAAGUUGUAUAACUAAUUUAAGUUUUCUUGGAAGUCAAGAAGACGGAUUGCCUGAUCGUCUAAAUCCACAAGUGGAACAAUAUUUGGUUCAACAUAUUCGAAAAUCAUUUACAAAUAAAUCAACAUUACUUGAAAAAACAGUGGUAUGCAAAGGUGAACGAAAUUUACGAAGACGUAUGUCCGUGAAGGGUGCCAUUAAAAAGACACGAUCUAUUAAUGUAGAUUCCGAAACGUUAGGUAUGGAAGUCGUAGCUGAAGCUAAUCGUCGUCAAAGUACAGUAAGUGUUCAAUCUUUCCUUGACGUUGAUCAUUCAACAAUAUCAGGCCGUAGUGCUUCACCAGAGGAUGCAAAUAGGCAAUUAAAUAUACCAAAUCGUGAAAAAUCACCAUCGAUUGGUAAAUUCGAUGUACCAACCAUAAAUUUACCAUCGAGUCGAUACCGUUUACAAUCAGAAAAUCAACAAUAUGCUGAUACCGAAGUAGAAGAAUUAUUUGCAAUGUUACGUGAAUCCGAAUCACUAGAAGAACAAGGUGAUAUUCUACAAUAUUUGGUUGAUACCCAAGGUUUAGAUUUCAAUACUGGCAUGUUGGAAAAUGGUCGGGUUGUCACUGUUCGAGAUUUAUUAAAAGGUCUUUAUGAGAAAGCAUGUCAACAAAAACUAUGGGGCUUAGUUCGACAUACCGCUGGCAUGUUGGGUAAACGUGUUGAAGACUUAGCAAAAGCUAUCACUGAUUUACUUGUACGUCAAAAACAAACUACAGUUGGAAUGCCACCAAACAAUGAGCACACCAUUUCAGCACCACUACCAGAAAGUGAAUUACGACAUCUGAUACAUAUGGCUUAUGGAGAUGAUGAGAGUACAGCUAUGUUAACCCAAGAAUUAAUUGUAUAUUUGGCAAUGUUCAUCCGAACUGAACCACAGUUAUUCCAUGAGAUGUUACGUUUACGUGUUGGACUUAUCAUUCAAGUAAUGGCUACUGAAUUGUCACGUACAUUGAUUUGUGAUGGUGAGGAAGCUUCAGAACAUCUAUUAAAUUUAUCACCAUUUGAAAUGAAAAAUUUAUUGCAUCAUAUUAUCAGUGGAAAGGAAUUUGCUAUAAGCAGUGUGGGUCGUGGAAAUUUCUCAGUUGUUAGCUGUAAAUCAAGUCGUGUUAGUAAACGAAGCCAUAUUGGUGGAUUUUUGGGAAUUGAUUCAGAGGUUGAUGAAAAUUCUGAAUCAGAUCGUCAAGGGCAAUGGUUACGUAGACGUCGGUUAGAUGGGGCUUUAAAUAGGGUGCCACGUGAUUUCUAUCCUCGUGUAUGGGGAGUCUUAGAACGAUGUCAAGGGCUUGCAAUUGAAGGACGAGUAUUACCACAAAGUCUUACUCAAGAAAUGACUUCAGGAGAAUUAAAAUUUGCCUUAGCUGUGGAAACUGUUUUAAAUUCAAUACCACAACCAGAAUAUCGUCAGUUGAUUGUGGAAGCAUUAAUGGUGUUAACACUUGUAUCAGAACAUAAUGUAGCCCAUAGUCUGGGUGGUAUUAUUGCUGUAGAACAUUUGGUACAUAAAGCUAAUGAAAUAUUUUUGGAAGAUCAAGUCAAAUGCAAUGGAGAUGCAACAUUGUGCUGUGCAAAACCACGCGAAGAAUGGGAAAUAACACAAACAUGUGGUCCCUUGUGCGGUGGAGCUGCAUAUAUUUGUCAACAUUUUUAUGAUAGUGCACCAAGUGGCAGUUAUGGCACUAUGACCUAUAUUACACGAGCUGUAGCAUGCUUAUUGGAUUGUUUGCCCAAACAAGGCGAUCUCGAUUGUACUAUCUGUUAAUAAAGACAUGAUUUUUCUUUU